AACACCGCAAUGAAAGUGACGCCAUUAAAAACCUAAAAUGACAGCUUGACUUGGUUUGGUUUCCGCCACUGUGCUGUUGUGCCCUUUUCAGUCGUUUUUAUUCGUAAAUUAGAUGAAAAUGUCAAUUUCUACUGCAAUAGAAGAACGGACUGAGGGAGACGAUGACACAUCCCAGGAGAGCCAACCCAAAGAUGAGAAUGAGAACAGUGACACAGAGAAUGAUAAUGGUGCUGAAAACCAGAACGGUGGCCCCGGGAGCCCCGAAGUGCAUGAGAUCACCAGUGAUGAUGAAGAGGACUGCGUUAUGACUAAUGAAGAUGACUCCACAAGCUCCAGUUCCAAUGAGAGCACCUCAGAGGCACAACAUCAAAGGGAUAAAAGUGAUAAAGAUAAUCCAGAGCAGUAUGAUGAUGAAGACAUGGAAAAUGGUGAUGAGGAGUCAGAUAUUGAGGAGGUGGUCCUUGAUGAUCCCCUCAUCCAAGCCCAGAACCAGAGCAAGCCCAUAGUAAUAAAUGACACUAAAAACUUAGUAGAGCUAGCUGCAAAGCAAUCUAAAAGUAAUGACCAAAAUAAACCAACUGUUGUUAUCAUAGACACUAACUCAAUUAUAUCUGGAAAAAAUCCUUUAGCAGCAAGUCAAGCCAAAACCUCCAUUUCAUCUUCUAAUUCAGUGAUGAAUGCACAGAACCUAUGUCAAAGCAUAGCAGCCAGGGGAACCACAAUAACCCCAGUAAGCUGUAAGUCUACACCUAACUCCCACCCCACUCCGGCGAGUGCCACCGCCGCGGUCACCCCGCCCAUACUGCCCUCUCUCACAGAUGACAUGUUUGUAGUAGAGGCCCCCUCAUUCAUAGUCCCUUAUGUCUAUGAGAAACCUUCAGUCAAACCAUUCAGAGAGUUUGUAGAUACACUAGGUAAGGAGCUCGAUGAACAGAAAGCCAAAGAAGAUAAGGAAAGGCAAGAGAAAGAGAAAGCAAUAAAAGAAAAGAAAGAGAAGGAGAGACAAGAAAGAAAAGAUAGAGGAGAGGAGAUCAGUGAGGAUGAAGAGAGUGAAAAAGAUAAUAAGAGCACUGAGGAAGAACCACAACCUGUGAAAAGCAAAAAGGAAGAAAAGAAAGACAAAAAGAAACGCAGAAAUGAUGAAGAUGAUGCAGACUGGGACGGCUCCAGCUCUGACUCCGAGGCGGGUAGUGACGGGGAUGUUGUCACCAUAAUCAAAGACAAGGAUGACACAGUGGAAGAAAUAAAAGAUGUUGCAGGAGAGUUUGGUUUUACUAAAAUAUCAGGUAAGCCUGAUAGUUAUUUUGAUUGCACCCUCGGUCAGUUUUUCAUAAACAUUGGAAUCAAUCAAGUUCAAGAGUUUGUGCAAACAGAUCUCUUGAAGCAACAGAACAGGAAACUGUACAGAGAGAAGAAGUCCGGUCGCAGCACUGCGGCCACGCAGAUGGCGAUCACGUCACUGUCUCAGAACCUCACCUUCAGUAAAAAAUUGAAUGCCCCAUACACCCUUACCAUGCGAAAGUGUGAAUUUUGUAGUUUUAAAACUGAGUCCAUGCUGGCGAUGUCCCAUCACUUGGAAGCGCCUCACAUGAAGAACAACAUCUACAAGUGCAACUCGUGUCCGUUCGAGAUCCGCAGCCCGCACGACAUCCUGUACCACAUGGAGGCCGAGCACAACCUGCGCGGCCGCCUGGAGCGCGCGCCCGCCUACCAGCAGUGCGCCAACUGCACCUUCGAGGACAACAGCAAGAGCAAGCUGGCGCGCCACCUCAUCGCCUGCGCCAAGAAGUUCAAGCCCGAGUUCAACCUCAUGCCGCCGCUCGAGUGGGAGCCGCCCGCCAAGAUCCCCAAGCUGACGCGCGCGCGCAACAACGCCGGCGCCUACGGAGCCGCCUUCGGGCGUCCCGCCGGCGCGCUCGGCCGACCCCCGGGCGUGGGCGGCGGCCAGGUGCCGCCCAUGGCCUCCCGCCCGCGCGGCCGCCCGCCCAUGUCCCUCGCGCCGCGCGCCGCCGCGCUUCCCGGCGCACCGCUCAUCCGCGGCGGCCUCAUGAUCAUGCACAACUCGGGCGCGCUCGGCUCCAACUACCCGGGCAUGGCGCCCGCCGCCAGCGCCACGCCCAAGAUCUCCAUCACGCCGCUGCCCCGCUCCGCCCCCGCGCCGCACGCGCAGCCCGCGCCAGCCAGCAAGGGCACCUUCGUCAUCUGUGAGAUCUGCGACGGCUACAUCAAGGACCUGGAACAGCUGCGCAACCACAUGCAGUGGAUCCACAAGGUAAAGAUCCACCCCAAGAUGAUCUACAACCGGCCGCCGCUCAACUGCCAGAAGUGCCAAUUCCGGUUCUUCACGGACCAGGGCCUGGAGCGGCACCUGCUCGGCUCGCACGGGCUGGUGACCAGCUCCAUGCAGGAGGCGGCCAACAAGGGCAAGGACGCGGGCCGCUGCCCCGUGUGCGGCCGCGUGUACCAGUGGAAGCUGCUGGGCCACGUGGCGCGCGACCACAGCAUGACGCUGAAGCCGGCGCACCUGUCCUACAAGUGCACGGUGUGCACGGCCACGUUCGGCAUGUACAAGCAGUUCGAGAACCACGUGUACUCGGCGCACAGCGUGGUGGCCAAGCGCGUCAUGGACAAGGGCAAGCCGGCGCCCGCGCGCGAGGACUCGCUGCUGAAGCCCAUCAAGAUCAACGACGAGAUCACCAUCAUCCCACAGCCCGCCAAGCCGCUGGCCGCCUCGUCCAAGGACAAAUAGCACCCGCGUAGCUAGUGCCGCCGCGCCCGCCGCCGCCCGGCCCGUGCCUUCCUUCUCCAUUCACCAUUGUACAGCGAGAAUCAAUCCUAGCUAUAACAGUAUUGUAAAAAGGACUAAGUUUAAUUUAUAUUUUCAGACAGGAAUGCUAAUAAUGUGCGUGAUUAUGAUACGUGUAAGGUAUAAACUUUUUAGCUGUAAGUAUUAGACCCAAUGUGAAAUUAUAUUGAAUACUUAGGACCUAGAUUUUCAUUGUGCUGUAGGUAUGUAAAACAUUGAUUAUAAUAGUUCCGUACCUACUAAUGACUAUACUUUGUGAUUUUACCCACUGGAACAAUAGAAAGUAAUUUAUGGAUCUGUUCAAUGUUUGAUGGUGUAUAAUUCCGUACAAAGUUAUACGUUAUACAUGGUGUAAUACAGUUUAGUAACUUAUAGGUUUGAACAUAUUUAUCGAUUGCCUACGUUAAGUUAACCUGGAAAUUAGUAGGUUUUGUAAGUAACUAAGUAUAAACUCUUCACAAAGUAGUUAUUUUUCAUAUGUAAUGUACAUAAGAGAGACACCCAAGGAUUGAAUAGACAGCGAGACUAGGUAAAUAAUGAAUUAGAAAUUUAGUUUAUUUUAUAAUAAUAUUCCUCCACUGGAAAAAGCAUAACCCUAAUUAGAUGCCGUGAGAGAAGUCUUUAUAAUGUAUUUAUAUAAUAAAAAUAAAAUACAAACAAUGUUACACAGAUUGGUAUCCUUUAAUUUGUUUACGAUCUCAGGUAAGUGGAAUGUUAUCAUGUGAAAGUUUACAAUCGUUAAUGUACUUAUUAAACGACUGAAGAGGA